CUAAAAGCGUAUUGUGAAAUCGGAUACGAGAAUCCUUCAUUUUUAAGAUGCCAUGGUAUAUCAAGAGAUGAAACUGGAAAAUAUAUCCUUGUUUUAAAAUACGCAGAAAUGGGUUCUUUAAAUAAGAAUCUUAGUUCUAUAGCGAAAAUGAGAUGGAAAGAUAAAUUGAAAUUAUUAUAUUGCAUAACUUCCGAUCUUGUAGCUAUCCAUUCCCAAGGACUCGAACAUCGAGAUUUGCAUAGUGGUAAUAUUUUACAAGAUAAUUUAUGUAGCGCGUAUAUCGCUGAUUUAGGCCUUUCUAAAACGAGUAAAAAAUUCGGUGUUGAACACUAUAUCGCUCCUGAAGUUUUGAUGGAUCAUAAAACGUUUACACCAGCAGUUGAUGGAUCAUUGAAGCCAGAUGCGUUAACUGACAGAGCAGCUAAUAAUGCAAUUCACAUUGAAAGUUUCAUAGUUUGA